AUGAUGCUGCAUUCAGCGACCCCUUUCGAUGAAAGUACUGACGUGAAUGACAUGGCGCACCUAGCAAUUGUUGCAAGAUAUUGUGACAAUGAUCGUAUUUACGAAGAAUCAUGUUGUUUGAUUAUUCCUCUUACCAAUACAUCAGACAUUCUGACUGCAUUUCUAAAUUAUUUCGAAAAUCAAGCCAUUAAUACAAAUAAAAUAUUUUGUAUUACUACUGGUGGUGCACGUGCAAUGGUUGGAAAGGAAAAAAGAUUUAUUAAGCGUCUUGAAAAUCACAUUUCACGCAGUGUAAUGUGUUUUAAUUGCAUUGUACAUCGGGAAAAUUUAGUUGCAAAACUUUCGUCACAAAGCUUCAGUUCUGUCGUGGAGACUGUUGUUAAAAUAGUUAACUUCAUGGUUUCUCGCUCUUCACUGGCUCACAGACAAUUUAAGUCUCUUCUGCAAGAACUGGACAGCGAAUAUGCAGACUUCCCACUUCACAGUAAAGUCCUGCAGCGUAGACUCGGUUAA